GGGCAGGCCCGCGCCGAGCCGCGGCUGGAUGGCAGCGGCGGCCCGGGGCGCGGCGGCGGUGGCGCACGAGAUUGGCCAGCCCGGCUGAGACCACUUAGCAAUGACAAAACAAAAACUCCUGCUUGAUGGGACGCUCUCCUUGUUUCUGAUCGUGGCCUGUGAAGCUCAGCAGCUGCCGAGGAGUCAUGUUGCUGCUAGUUCUGGUUCUCUGUGUGACAAGGAGGCAGAGUCCUGGGGACACCUGUUCAGCAGUGAGCGGCUGGAUGCCUGGAUCUGUUCCCUCAUCGGUUCCUUCAUGGUGGGGCUGAGUGGGGUCUUCCCCUUGCUGGUGAUCCCCCUUGAGACGGGAGCUGCGCUGCGCUCUGAAGCUGGAUCACACCGUUUGAAGCAGUUGUUGAGUUUUGCAAUUGGUGGACUACUGGGAAAUGUGUUUCUUCACCUGCUUCCUGAAGCCUGGGCCUACACAUGCAGUGCAACAACAGGAAAAGGGCAGAGCUUUCAGCAGCAGAAGCUUCUGGGUCUCUGGGUGAUCAUUGGUUUCCUGACCUUCCUGGUGCUAGAGAAGAUCUUCCUAGAGAAAGAGGAGGAAUAUCCUGGUGUGGACUGUGAUUCCAAAGCACCGUCUGGAAAGAUUCCCAAUGGCAGUGGCUGCCCCCUGCCAAAGGGGUCUUCUCAGUCCCAAAGAGCACGAGCUCAGUGUAACGGCUCCUCUCUCCAGUCUGGUCCAAAAAACAACAGAAUCAAGAUUAGUGGAUACCUCAAUCUGCUGGCCAACACCAUUGAUAACUUCACACACGGCCUGGCAGUAGCAGCCAGCUUCCUGGUUAGCAAAAAGGUUGGGUUCCUAACCACAGUGGCCAUUCUCCUGCAUGAAAUCCCACACGAGGUUGGAGACUUUGCAAUCCUACUUCGGGCUGGCUUUGACCGCUGGAGCGCAGCCAAGAUGCAGCUUUCCACAGCUCUGGGGGGAAUUCUAGGAGCCUGCUUUGCAAUAUGUGCUCAGUCACCAAAAGGAGCAGGAGAAACAGUAGCCUGGAUCCUCCCUUUCACUUCUGGAGGAUUUCUAUACAUUGCCUUGGUAAAUGUUGUGCCUGAUCUCCUGGAGGAAAAGAAUCCUUGGAAUUCCCUGCAGCAAAUUCUGCUCCUGUGUACGGGCAUUACAGUCAUGGUGCUACUCGCGCUCACAACUGAGUGACCUCUGCGCAGACCUCAUGAUGCCUCCCAGAGCCACCACAGUGACUCUGAGCUUUACAAAGCAAUAAGGAACACUAAUGUUACUUCCCACGUGUGUGCGCAGGUCUGGCUGCUAGUAUGAGAAGCGGGUGACAGAGAGGUCUGGUUGUGCAAGACUUCAUUCCCUGGCUCUCUUAUCCCUGUUCUGCUAAAAUCCACACAUGAGGGCUUCUGUUCUUUUUUUGCUUAGUUGGUUUUUACGGAGCAAAAGAUACAUUGGGCAGAAACAAACUGAACAGCUGCCCCACUGUGAGUGAAUGAUGUUUCAUUCGGUUCAUUCUGUUGGAACUGCACCUCUCAAGAGCUUGCGUGAACACAGAGGUGAUUCCUGUAGCUGAUGAACAUAAAAGAUUUAAGGGCUGGAGUCAGAACAGGCAUGACAAAGCUUUAACCAGAACCCCCUACCCAUGAGAGGUUGAUGGUGCUAUGAGAUAGAGGGGAAGAGACCCUUUCCAACUUGAUCUCCAGCUGUUCAUUGACACCACUGGUUCCUAAAGAUAGUAUUGGCCUCAGCAGUCCAGCUCUUUUGGUCUGUUUCGUUUACAUUGAAAUUAAGCCAAAAGCUUGAGGCAUUUUAGGCUAGGUCACUACAAUUAAAUGACUCAGCUUGGAGAUUACUUGCCUCAGCCCUAACCACUCCAGUAGCCAGCACAGCCCAACUGUUUAUCUGAUAAAUGAUCAGUAAAUGUUUCUUCAAUUGCCAACUACCAGCUCGCUCAUGUCUGGAGGGAAAGCCAUGUAGCUGUUGUGACUGAGCUCCCUCUCAUAAACAUUAGCUGAACAUGCCUCUAAGCCUGCUCGUGAGACCUGAUUCACGCACCAUCUGCCCCACACCGUGUUUCAGAGCUUUCUUGAGGUGUAGCAUGUUAGACCUGCCCAGCAUGCUACAGCACUCCUAGAUUGUCAUAGCAGAGGUGCUUGAACACUAGAGCCUGGUCAGCAACUGAUAACUCCUGGGUAGCUUUUCCUCUGUUCAGUGUAGAUGGUUUAAGAGCAUGCUGUAGAUAGCAGCCUAUUUCUGGGGUUGUUACCUCACAGUGGAGUUCAUCUGUUGAGGACGAAUGAAUAAGAAAUAAUUCUGACAGCUUUUGGAUGGGAAGGUUGAAACUGCUGGUGAAAAUAUUUUUAAGGAAGGUGAGAAAGGGAUAUGAAAGGGUGACAAUAUGUAUGCUUUAAGAGGAAUUUUCUGUUAUGUGAUGCCUGGGAUAAAACCUUUCACAAUUUGAGACCAAUAAAAAGAAAUAAAAUUUCUAGUGCUUUUCUCCAUCCCAGCUCACAGUGCUGACCAGGCCAUAAUUCCACAGGGAUAUUUUAUUGCCAUGGAGAUGUGCACAAUUACUAGAUCAUCCCUUCUGCAGAACUUAACUUUGAUUUGAUUAAAUUUGUUUAAAAACAGGUCUAAUUGAACUAAGAGAGUCACUGAACACAAAACAGGUGCCACAGUGUGAUUUACACCAACUUGGCUCAGUCUUAAAACAGCUUUUGUGAAGCAGUACAGCUCUCCAGUCUGCCCAGGGCCUUACCAAGAGGACUUGUGCCUUGAGAGGGCAAUUUGGGACAGAGUAGCAAGGCAGGUAUACUGCCCACAGCAGAGGCAUUAUUUCCGUAAGAGAUUCCUGAACUGUUGACACAGUUCUUUUUUAUGACAGCUCCUGCCCUACUUUUCACUGAGUGCUGGAGAGCUCAUGCUUGCAGUUCUGUCUGCCCAGGAACUGCUGUCUGAAAUUUUUUCAGCUUUUCUUUCCCUGGACUUCCAUCAGUAACUAGUUUCACUGCAAUGAGGAGGAAGGCUUAGUGCAAUUGUUUAUUCCUCUUUACAAAGUUGCCUUUCUGUGCCAACUACUCUCUCCAUCAUUCAAUUGUCUGAUGUCUGAAGGUAGCAUCCAUUUCCUGUUUUCCUGGAAGGAUGAUUAAUCCAGUUAGCCUGCAGGGACUGGGGGAGUAUGCCAACCCCCUGGUUCUAGCUUUGGGGGUUCCUUCUGCCCAGGGACUGCAGCUAAGCAGGCCCUAUAACAGAGCUCUGGAGGCAGCAAGCUUGCACAGAAAGUUGUGCCUGCUGUUUCUCAAGAUGUCUUUCCCAAAAUAAGGCUGGCAUUUAAGUUGAGGCAUUGCCAGGUGAGUGCCCAUGAGUUGGCGUUGUUGCAUCAGCACUGAGCCUUGCCAAGACUGAAAACCACCGUCAGGAUUUUAUACUCAGCGUUCAGGAAUGUGAAGUGGAUGACACUGAACAAAGAAUUUCUGAGCUGUUUUUCUUGGCUGCUAUCACAGGCAUGGAUAGUCUGUGGUUCUUGGGAAGAUACCCUGGUAGGAGGUAGAAUGGGGCUGGUGGGAGGGAGGGGUUCAAUAGAUUUCUACUGCGUCAGCCCUAGGGCUGAGGAUUGAGAGCCUUGGGAGGAGAUGGAGCAUCACUCCACCACUUUUGUCACUUUUGGAAAUGCAGAGCGAAUUGUAUUUUCUAGCUCUAUUUUUUCAGCUGCUCUUAUGCAUUUUCUCCCUUCAUCUGUAUUGGUCUGCUCUGCAUGGAGACAAUAGAGAUGAAAUAAAUGGUUUUUCAUGUCA